AUGCCUCGUACCAUAAAGUGCAUCCUCUGCGCCGUGGCGCUGGUUGCUGCUUUUGCCGCAGCACUGGCGAUUACGAUGACAGUCAGGGAGAAGGUUCCGAACGGCCUCUACUGCGGCAGUUAUGCGAGUGGCCUUCUGGUGGGCAAUUUGUCGGUGAGGUACGAUUUACAUUUGUUCGAUUUGUCCUUGAGGGGACUGGGCAUGGACCUUAACUGCAAGGAUGAGGUGUUUACGUACGAUCUCAAGACGCACAAGUUGGUGGCCGUUUCUGCCAAAGACCCUUUUGACUGCAUCGGCUCAGUCAUCCAGAAAAGCGGUUUGCAUCUCGAGACCACAUAUAACCCUACCGUGGACGUGAUCACUCUCAAUUUUGGCAUUGCGAAGAUCGAUUGCAAGAAGUGCCGCGCCUUGUCUUACCUUCAACCUGCUUUGUGA